CGCAUGAAAGAGCUUGCCAACUUGGCGCCAUUUUGCAUUCUUUGUCGUUGUUGACUUAUUUUAAGUUAAAUUUUGACUGAUUUCUUCACGAUGACUGCGGAAGGAAGCUAUCUUACCGAGCUUUUAGCCGAAAAGGACAACUUAGAUCCUUCCUUUGUGCAUUCGAUGCGCUUAUUAACAGAAGGUGAGUGGGAAUGCUCUUCAAGUUGAGGUUAAAUCACCGCUCGACAUGAACAUCUGCAUUCCUUAGCGGUCAGGAACCACCAGUUGCUCGCAGCUAAAAGCCUGCUCUUGUAUAUAUAGCUUUACUCUUACUUCAGCUUUUUUGUUUAAAGGCUACUAUAUAGUUAAGGUGUAACUUUCCGAUAUCGUAAGUUAUCUUCGGACUCAUUUUUUACACCGCUUAAGCAUGACCCUCGAGAGAAUUAUUUUGUUCCACAAUCUUGUUGAUCUUGUUUUGAUUUCUGAAUAGUGAUUUUAAGUUUAAUGCAGUUUAAUAUUUUAUGGCCCUGACAUUCAGAUUAUUCAUUUCUGCCGUCCUUCGGCCUUUAGAAGCACUACGUUUAUAUUUCGUGCUGUUUCUCCAAUCGACUGCUCUGGUUCGACCUCAGCUACAGUAGAAUACAAAAGACCAUUGUUGUAAAGGCCAUCCCAAAGUUAUGUGUGGUAUUAUUUGAUUUUUUUCCCUAUUUCAUCUGAAAAUCUGUCUCCAACUUAAUCUUUAUUCAAACUAGUUUGAUUUAGAAAUUCCUUUUUUUCCCUAGCCCUAAAAUAAUUCAUAAUAGAGGAGAAAAAUUCUGGUUAGAGUGGUUUGCUUCGUCAGAAUGUAUCGUAAUCUGGUGUUCCUGUGGCAUAAAGGCAGAAAAUUUCGAGCUAUCACGGGCAACUGCCAAUUAGCCGUCCCUAUUAAUUUUAUCAGGGGCAUCUCGGCCAGGAAACUGGACUGCUUUCAACUCGAUUUGGUUUCGAAAAGUGACGAACACGCAUCCAUAAUCAGUGAUUACCUCUAGCUUUAUCAUAGUUCAGUGCAAAUUGUGGGAUGCUACAUUAAGCCAUCUUGUAUUCAUAGGCCCAACCAUUCUGCCCCUCAAAACCUCUAAGUAAAGUUUUCUCUGCAUAAAGGAUGUAUGUCAACCUAAAUGAGAAUCUGACUGAAGUGACCUGAAUGUUGGAUUGGUACCAUUUUCCUAAGCUGCUAUUUCUCAGUUUGCAUCUAUGAUUUUGUAAGAAUUUUUGUGAAAACUUUAUACAGAAAUGAUCCAAUCCAGAUUAGGGCUUUGCAUGGCAUGGAUAUUUUAAGGGUAUUUUGUAUACAAUAACAUCAAAGAGGAAAUGUGGCCUUUUGUAGAAAAAGUGAACAAAAAAGUAUUCUUGUGUCAGAGGUAGGUGUUGAACUUGCAAGAUUUGAAAAUGCAAACCUUUGUAUAACCACUCAUCCACUGAGCUGUUGAGGAUCAUUUUAUGUAGAAGAAUUGUACAUUAGUUAGAUUUCAAGGCCUUAAAAGUACAGUUGUACUUGAAAAUAGUUUGUGGACCUUGAAACUCCCUAAAUUUUUACCAAACAACAUCUUAAUCGUCGUUGCUUUGAAACAUACCCAAUACUCUAUUUCCAAUUGGCUGAAAAAUGUGACGGAACACUUCAAUUACAUGGAACUGUUUAAUGUUUUCACUGUGUUCACAUGGAACUGUGAAGAGCUAAUCCAAUAACUUUUCAUGCAAUUUUGGUGGUUCCAUGUGAACAAAACACCUAAAUGCACAAACUUUCUGUUGGUUGAAAAUUUGUCCAGUGGUGUGUGAACAUAGGUUACAACUAAAAUAGGAAAUGUAGUUAUUUCAUUGCUAAAUGUAUGACAACUCUGAUUUCGUUGUAAAACAGAUCAUAAUAAAUUUUUCCAAGUCUUUGUUAAUGGUGAUGUAGCUAAAGUUAAACUUGUGAGGUAUUGCCUCUGAAAAUCCGCAUGAAGCCUUAAUUUAUGUCACAGUGCCUUCUUUUUUGAGAGACUUCCAAAUGUAAGAGAAGACUAAGACGAAUAGUGUGCCAAAAUGGCAACAAAUUUAAAUGCUUAGAAAAAAUCUAACAAAAUCGUGUGGUGUUCAAUUCAAAAAUUUUUCUGCAGGGGUUCUUGAAGAACAUUAUUUGGUGUGUGCUUUUUAAUUAAAAAAAUAAUGUGUAACCAACAAAAAAUGUGUCUGGAUUUUUUUGUGUCAAGAAAAUAUUUUUGAGAGUCACUUUUUUCUAUCAUCUGACUAUUUGAAAGCCCUAUUUUCAAAAUUUUCUGUAACUCUACAUUGCAAAACCCUGAUAAGUUUUUUUAGCUCUUUAACUUGUUAAAGACUAGAACAAAUUAAGUAAGUGAGAAGACAAAUUAUUGCUCUGAGUUUUAGCUUUCAAAAGCUGAUUCAGAAUGUUGCUUGCAUUAUAAAAUCAACAAGAGAGCGCUUACAGUGGCCUCCACUCUUUCCUGCUUGGAGAUUAGAUCAAGAAAUGAGGAGGUGAUUAAUUCUACACGAAACAGGAUUUACUCACUAAAUAUUUUUUACUUCCUACUUUAUCGCCGUCAAUACUUUUUACUUGUUUCUGAAUUGAUUUAGUACGUGUGUUAACGGCAACCAGAAAUACAUCUAUGGUUGAAGGCUAUACCCCUGUAUAAAUACAUGAAAAUUCAAGGGCCUUGAUUCCAGAGAAAUUACAUCAUUGCCAGAGAUCAAAAAGUGAUUUACUUGGUACAUCAUUUCAGUCAUCGCCGAAAAUAAAUCGGACGUUCAUCACAACAGCCAUUUGCAUACAAUGACAGUUUACAACACCCGACUAUGGCAGUUUUGCUAAUUAAGUUUCUUAUUUUUUUUGACCACUCAGUGUUCACUUGUUCCAAAGUAAUCGACGAUUUCAAGCGAUAGAAUUCAUGGACCAACACCUUUCAGAAAAGCUCUAAAUUUAGUCUUUCCUAAGCUUUCGUUGCAAAACAUGCGUGGCUUCGAUCACUCAAUGAUUCUUAGUCCCAGUUUCCAUGGACUCCCCGAGGAACACCUGGCAACAGCCCGGGGGGCGGGGGGGGGGGUCUUUCAGAAAAACUGGGUGGGGGUGUGCAGCAUACUUCCUGAAACCAUUUCAGACCUGAUCAAAAAUUUGAUACCUCAUUUCAAACCUGAAGCCCUGGAGCCCGGCAUGUGACCAGAGCAUGUGGCAAGCUGUUAUGGCAUGUACACGGUUGGUGUAAACAUUAAAAUGGAAAUGGUCUUAUCGCCAAAUGAUGAAGAAAUAGCUUCUUCCAAAAAACAUACCCAAUUCAAGACUAGAGUGCCCAAACCAUACUCUAUUUCAGCCCAAAAUGGUCAAAAUUGAUACCCUAUUUCAGACCAAAAUUGCUAAAAAAACAUACCCUUUGGUGCUGCACAUACCCAUAUAGCCUAUAUAAGGGAGUACUCCCCCCGGGCCUCUGCUCUCUGCUUACUCAAGCAAGACUAAUAAUAAAUAAACAGUGCAAGUUUUUAAAAAAUAAAUUGUUGUUUUAUUAAGAUAACCAGUUCAAUACUGUAUUACAUGUAACACAGCAGUGAUUUUUUAUCUUUUUAUUUCUAUGGAUUACCAGAAAUCAACCGAAUGCAAACUGGUGGUGCUGUCCCUGUUGGACAGGUGAGUGUGAAGCAAGAAAGAAGAGAAGAAACAGCAUCAACCAAUGGUAGUUCUAUACCUGGCUUAUCAGAUAGCCCAGUAGGUACCAACCAGGGACCGCUGACCACAAGUGCAGAGGUAGCACCUACCCCCAGACCACCACCACAACACCAGUUCCGUAGACCAGCAGAUGUAUUUGAUAGCAAGCUCUAUAAACCAACAAAGUUGACUGAAAAAGUGUUCAUACCUGUUAAGGAAUAUCCCAAGGUUGGUUACUUGCAUACUUUAUUGACUGUAUUUGCACAAUAAAAGCUUUUCGCCUAAGGUAAGGAAUUUCUUACACAAAAUCCCUACCUAGCCUCAGGAAUCUUAAUCUCGAUCUUAAUUCUUCACAUCCUUGUCAGCCUCUGACAUCUGACCUUGUGGCACUGAAAAUUUAUUAACAGCUAUUUUUUAUUUGAGACUGGAAACCAGAGAGAAUUGUCUUGAUUAUAUAUGUGGUAACUUUAUGGAUGGUGAAGAUUCUCUUUUGAAAGAGGAAAAUUGUGUUGCAUCUCGAAAGACUUGUGCUGUUUUUAACAAAAAGGAGAAGGUGGAGAUGCACGUGUUGUUGAAGAGGUUCUGGUCUUUGGAGUUCCACCAACUGGCCUCAGUGUACAAGUGACAUGCCAAGCAAACUCUGCUUUUGUGAACAGUGGAAAGCCAUUAUUCACAUACAGUGUCUUUGCUGUAACAAAUGUGUCCGUAAUCUUUGCUUUGUGGCAGGCAUAUAUGGCCAGGCUCAGUAGAUUUAACCCCACCAGCCCCACUUUAUUUUGUGUUUUUGUGUUAAAAUUUACUACAAGCAUGUAUCUUAGUCAUUCAUUGUGCAUACAAUGUACACUUUUUGUGACCAUUAAAGCAUUGACAUUGAAAGCCAUUCCAUUCAUAAUAAUCAAUAGCAAUAUUACAUGUAUUUCUACAUGUACAUGUACAAUGCUGCUUAGAAAUAUCUGUCCAAAAUUUGCUUGUGAAAGGCAUGUGUACAAUUUGUGUAUAUGCAUCUACGUCUGAGUGUGCGUGCAUCUCUGACACUUCUGAUUAGUGUACUGUAUACAUGAGCUAGCUUAUUGCCUACUUAUUGCUCUUAUUUUAUGGUUAUUUUUAGCAGACUUUAAUUGUAAGUCAAUGGAUCUUAAACAAUGAAUUGAGAUUUGGGCAACUGAGGAACUGUGUACAAGUAACCAUACGUUUAUCUACCUACAGCGUGACUCAAACAUUUGAACAAGUCCGCGUCAUUGGCACUAAAUGAAUCCUUUGCUAAAUGUUUUCACGUCAAUUAUUAAUUCUAGCAUCUUUUUCUUAGAACUGAAAUGUUUUGAUUUUAAGAAUGGUUCUAGAAUGAACACAUAUUUUGGAAAGUAAACUGGGGGUGUACCAGUAGUUCUUUAUCAGGCGAAUGUAAUGUCCUUGAUGGUCUAUAGUGAAUUAAGAGGUCACUUAGGAUGGCGCUAGUUGAUUAAGGCAUUUUAAAGUCGUUAGUACAAUUUUAAAAUGAAUACGCUCAUGAACGGGUAACCAAUGUAGAUCUCUUAGCACAGGUGUAAUAUGUUUGUGUUUAUGUGUGCCCGUUAGAAGUCGGGCUGCUGAAUUCUGGACGUACUGGAGUUUUCAGAGUUGAUCCUGCUUAAGACCUGAGAGUAGUAUAUUAUAGUGGUCAAUCUUGGAUGUUACGAAUGCGUGGAUCAAAGUUUCACAAUUACAGAAAGAGAUAUGUUCUGAUUUGAGCAAAUUCCCUCUCGUUUGGGUGCCAUGGGACUUUGACAAUGAUUUCAGUGAAAACCUAACUUAAAGAUUUAAGGCGGCCAAAUUAUGAUAUUUGAGCUACAAUCCCAGACAAAAGUAGUGGGGAGGUUGUACAGGUUAACAGAACGUCCAUUUUAAUCCUCAAAAAAGAGAGUUUUCUCUUUUGCUAGUUAUUCCCUGUCCCCCCUUUUCAAUGUUGGGACAUAACAGAACAAUUACGCGCACAAACAGUAACAUUUUUCUCAUCAUUGGGCCAGGGGCGAGGAGAAGAAGGAUAAAAAGGGGGAAAAAUUAGCAGCCUUCUCAACACUUUUGAUGAUGAUUGUCUGAGAAUAGGAAAUUAACUUAAAACACUUAUAAAAGUUAUUCAGUGUUCAUAUACAAAUUGCUGUCAUAGCAUCGCCUGUCAAUCAUUCAGUUAAUUUCAGGACAGUAAACAUCAUGACUUUUCACAUUACUCCAUCGCAUUACUCCAGAAGAAAAUGCGAAAUAUGUUGCAAUGAACCAACUCUCAAACAAGAAAAUGGCAAAAACAUGUAAACCCUGUAGGAAUAUGGACAGCUUUCAUCGCAUUUAUCAGGGUUGUCACUAAGAUUUCAAGUUGCCGGGUAAAUACAACAAGUAGGCGGGGAGUCAAACGGCUAGGGAUCUCGUUUGGUUCUAUUUUUCUUCUAUUUUCCAAUAAAAGUAGCCGGGGGCCACUCUCUUAGUAGCCGGGGAAAAUACCCGGCCCCCGGCUCUUAAUGACAACCCUGAUUUAUCUACAGGGGUGAAUUUCACUACUGAUUUCCAACGUUACUCCAUUAUUUUAAACAGUGCCCCAUAAAGGUCAAUUAGCAAAGUUAGUGUAAUUUUAAUGCCAUCCAUGGAGUAAUGUUGUAUUUUACUUAGAGUUAAGGUAAAAUGCCUAUUUAACCAACUGCCUCACUCAAGUGGAAGUUGGGUGUCUGGGAUACCGAGGGGCUUCCACUGUGGCCAGCCAGCUCCUAGAUAGAAUACUGCCCCCAUGGCUGGCAAUUCCUGGCAACCCAGCCAUGAGCCCCCACUCCAGGCACCCGUCACACCUGUUAAUAAGGGAUGGGAGGGAGGGGAGACGCUAAAACAACUGCUCCACAGACCGCUACACAAAGGUUCCACAAAGAACUAGCAGAUCCUAGCAGUGUACUAAAAUACCAAGUACCAUGUGAGCCUGCACUAAUGGGAUUGACGGCUUAGCUUGUGGACCAAUUGACCGCUAAGCUCAUAGACCGCUUCGUCAAGCGGUUCAGGAGCUUAGCGGUUAAGCGGUACAUGAAACUGUGUGACUGCUAAGCUCAUAGACUGCUUGACUGCUUAGCUCGUUGUCGUUAGCACUUAUGUAAAGGAAUAAUUUUUGGCCACGAAAAUGGAGUAAUGUGGUGUGUGAUGUUUGCAUGUUUCGCCCUAAAUCAGAGCGUACUUGGUUCUUGUUUUCUGAAACCAGUUUUGAAAAGCAGUGCCACAAUGGAUUAACUGAAUUUGUUCAGCUGGAGAGAGUGGCCUCUAGAAGAAGGCAAAUCUCCACUUGACAUUCAUCAUUACCUUGCUUGCAUGGUAAAUUGGCAUGUGCUGAAUGUUGCAAAGAGUGUGAGAACUGCUGAGCAGAAAGUCAGCUGCAAUGUCGUGUUCCGAAUGACUUUUGGGAACUGGCAAACGCACUAUAUCUUGCUCUAUUUGGAGCAGAUCAGCCUAUACUAUAGUCAAUAGCUUCCACUGAAAAUAAUCUUACAUUUGUACAUGUAUUUUGGCCCUUUUCUGUGCCCUUGACAGAGCAAAAGUUUUACUUACAAGAUUGCAAAUGUGCCAAAUAUAAACAGGCUUAUGCACCAAAAACUGUCUUAGCAAGCUGUGGCAAAAUAUUUUUUUCAAGAGAGUACCAUUUAUGAGUGUUUUUUGAAGACACUCCUACUGACAGAAAGUCGUUGACCUUUGAUCAUUAUGGCCACUCCCAGAAUUUUCAGACAAUCCCAGAGAAAAGUAAUUGGCAAGGUUUUACAACUUACAUACAGUGUAGUUGUAACAGUAGUCUAUUUUAAUCCUCAAAAAAGAGAGUUUUCUGUUUUGCUAAUUAUCCCCUGUUCCCCCUAUUCAAUGUUGGGAUAUAACAACAAUUACGCGCUCAGACAUGAAUGUUUUUCUCAACAUUGGGCCAUGGGCACGGGGAAGAAGGAAAACAAGAGGUAAAAAGUAGCAUCCUUCCCAACACUUUUGAUGAUGAUUGUAGUUAAAAUUUUUUAAAGUGAGUGAUGAUUUUGAUGAAGACUAAACUUUCAGAAAUUUGUCUGCAGUGACUUCUUUCAGAAAUUUCAGGGAAAGUUAGUUAUUAAUGGAUGCGAAAUUGGUGGCCUAAACUGACAGUGGUAAAUUUGUUCAUUAUUUUGUUUGGGCCAAUGUACAUGUAACCUGAUGCACUUCCAUGAUGCUUGUUGCCUAGCACAUGAUCUUAAUAUAACACAAAUAAAUGUAUACAAGCAAUUCAAUUCUUUUAAAAUUUCUAUAAAGCAGUGUUACGGCUACAGUCAUCUGAGCAUGCAAAUUCCACGGGACUUCAGGACUUCAGAAUUAUUAGGGAGCUUUAACCAACGAUGAAGACUAAACUUUGAUCAAAUUAUUUAAAUUUGAUCAACUUGAUCUGCCUUCAGGUCUCUUCUGAAGUUUUGAUUCAUUUCAGAAAUAAUGUUCACUCAGUACUGCAUGGAUGGGUGAUUAUCAGCCAAGAUUCAAGAAUUGAGUGCAGUGAAUUUCAUCUGCCAGUGGCUGAAUAAAUUUUGAUCUGUCUGAAACUCAACUCAUCCAAAAACAGACAUUCGUUUCAGUUAGAAAAGAGUAGUCUUUUGUUUAGCCAAACAACAAUGCACAAGGAAAACUAAUGACCAUGAAUAACCCUUCAUAUUAAUGUUAUGUGAGCUCAAACGUUUUUUGAACUUAGCACAACACUUUAUCAUAUUGUUAACCAUAUGACCACAAAAAAUGUUGAUUGGCUAGUACUGAAUUAUGCUUUGUAGGGUUAGAAGGCUUUAGUAAAAGCUUCUUUGUUUCUCUCUCUUUUACUGCUCUCUUCUCCUCUCUCCUCCCCCCUCCUCCCAAAAAAACUGCCUGAUACUCAGGCUAUAUUCACUGUCACCCUUUCAUUUUAACCAUUUUUGGAUUUCAGUGACUCAUUGACACGUUGAUUUAAUGUUGUGGAAUUUCUGUAGUUUAACUUUGUAGGAAAACUGCUUGGACCAAGAGGCAACACUUUUAAAAGACUACAAGCAAGCACUGGCACUAAAAUGUCUAUUCUGGGAAAAGGAUCUAUGAGAGAAAAGGAAAAGGUCAGUAAUCAGUUUUUGUAGAUAGCAGACUGGUAUUAACCAAUGGAAAGUCAAGUAAAGAAGGGAAAUAUCGCAAACUAUUGUCACCGUGAAAUCCUAGGGUUUGCCAUACAUACAGGAAACAAACAUAUGCGUCUGCUUUGAAAUGCAUCAGUGAACAUUAAGACUCUUUGUGUAGAGGUGUAUUGUGUGCAAAAUCAAACUGGAGGAUCAGCACAUGCCAAACUUUUGCAUAUAACAUACUACACGAAUGAACUCUAAAACUGUCUGAGUGUAAAAAGCUGAGGCCCAUAAAUUUUGAUUACAGUGGAGAUAAGAUGUGCUUUUGAUUUUUUUAAAACUGCUCAUACAGUACGCAGCAAAACUCAAACACUUUGUAAAUUGAGAUUCCCUCAGAAACAAACAGUCACAUCAAAUAUGCAAAUACGAAGGUAACAUCAAACAUCAUAACUAAAUAUUCUUCCUGUUUACCUAAUUGACUGAUCGAUGUGAAAAGGCUGGGCGCUUAUUUUUUCAUUUUCAGUUAGAGUUUAUUUUGCAAAAAACAAUAAAUGCAUCGAAACGAAACUUUUAUGAACGUGAAGAAAACUUGACUCUAAGAAUGAAAACAGAAAUUUUUUGAAGUCUUUCGUGGUAGCCUUAAAAAAUGCCACCUCACCGACUGAUCGAUGUGAAAAGAUUUUCAUGAGUUAGAGUUCAAAUCUCUGCAUCGAUGAAACUUUUACAACGUAUUGACUCUAAGAAUGAAAGAGAAAUCUUUUAAGUCUUUCGUGGUAGCAGAAAAUGCCACCUCACCGGCGUGGCGCAUGGUUGAAAAUUCCUCAAAGAUCUCAGAAAGGUUCAAAAGAAUUUGAUAACUUCAGAAAUGUAUUAAAAGUGCAGCUAAACAGUCUAAACCUGACACAUUAAUUAAAAAAAAAAUGAUGUCGUUUGUUUAAGGAGAAAAAAUGAGAAUAUUUUCAGUUUUAUUGCAUCAUUUCUCUGCGUGAUCAGUUUGAGUUGCUGGUUUCACAUAAAUGUCAGUGAAACUUGAUCCUUGUGAAGAACUUCAUUGGCUAGCCUGUGACUGAAAGUCUACUCUAACAAAAGUUGACUUAUCAAGUCUGCAUGUCUUACACCAUACAAGCAGUGUGAUAUCUACAUGUAGUUCAGAGCUGUCAUUAAGGUUCGUAACCGGUAAUACUCAUUAUGGCUGAGCUCACUUGUUGUUACAGGUGAUCAAAGUUGAAAGCUGAAGGUGACACUAUAAAUAUUUGUGAGAUGUUACGGGUGAAUCUCCAUUUGCUAUGGCUGCUUCAAAACUUAAUGACAGCCUUGUAGUUCUUCCUCCAGCCCAAAGUUAGAUUUCUGUUUCAUCAGUGUGAUGGGUGCCUGGAAUGGGGGCUCAUGUCUGGAUUGUGGGGAUUUGCAGCCAUAUAGGGGCAGCAUUCUAUCAAGGGGCUGGCUGGCCACAGUCAUUGGAAGCUCCUUGGUAUCCCAGGCACCCACCUUCCACUUAAGCAAGGCAGUUGGUUAACAAUUGAAAUCCUCACGUUGCCAAAUUUAUCUUGAUUAAUUACGGCAUAAGUUCCUCAUGCCCUGAGAAUGAGGGACUAUCGAGCUUCUUCAAGGCUGUUUAUUUGAUUUUUUUUACAACAAUGCCACAUAAAGCAAAGCAAAGACAGUGAAUAACAAAAGAAAAAUCUUUUCCUGCCUGACACAUCCGAGCUGAUACAGACGCUGGUCAGCGCUGAUGUGUACUACCCUCGUUCAAGCUGACCCAUCCAUUGCAUCAGUUUCGCUUGUGUGUUGUUCACCUAGUUCUGGCCUGCACUGUAAGUAGGUGGCAACUACACUGUACAUGUCAGGUGAUGAAUUUUAAUGCUGUCUUGCACUUAGCACAAGUGUGUGAAGGUAAGGAAGGGAGGCUGUCUCCCUUUCAUAAAUGUAUUAGCCUGCUCUCACAAUAUUAAUAGAAAAUUAUGAGCUAGUUAUUCACACAGUGCUGUUCAUUGAAACAGUGCUUUUUUUCUUUCCAUGUCUCUUCUACACAAUGUUACAUGGGUGUGGAGUGAAUCUGAGAAAUAAACUUGUUUCACAGGAAGAAGAGCUGCGUACCUCUGGUGACCCAAAGCAUGCUCACUUGGAGGAAGAUCUCCAUGUGCUGAUUGAAGUGGAGGCCCCUCCAGGCCAGGCUCAUGCCAGAUUAGGUCUUGCUAUUGAAGAGAUUAAGAAAUUUCUUGUUCCUGUAAGUACAUGUACUGUGUGUUAUGAAUACUGACAAAAAUGUAAUACAAGCAGCACAAUUUGUUAAUAGUGUUCAUUGUCAAGGCUGCUGCCUAAGAAAUUCUUUUAGGAGCCCAAAAACUUUAGGACCCUGAGGAACAUUUCUAGGAGCAAAGUAAUUGGUAAACUUUAAAUUUAUUAGGGCAUGAAUAGUAGCAUAGUUAAGGUUCAGCAAACAUUCAGUGGCCAGUUUCCGUUUGUCCAGCUUGUAAAUUUUGUUUCCUCAACCUUAUCCAGGGUGCCAGAGGUUUUUUUAACGUAAUUUGCAUUUCGAAAAUGGACCCCUGGAGCCAGGGUAUCUCAACCUAGUUGUAAUUAGUUUAUAGGGAUGACUUUAUUGACACUGUCUGUUUCCCCUUUGCUGUAAGUUGAUAGUGUCAACCCUAUCCUCAAAACUUGAUUCACACGUCUCUAAACUUGAUUUGUGUGAGGUUUGAGACGCGUGAAUCGACUUUCAAGUCUCAAGUUUCAAGACACCAGCAUUUUUGGAUUUUAAUCACUCAAAGGGAUUUCAAGAAAACUUUUUUUGUUGAGAAAAAAUACAAUAAACCAUUCGCCAAUCAGCCGUUCGCACAGACACUACUUUAUAUAUGUAUAAUUUAUGUGAGGUUCUUAAAGUUAUUAGGUGAUGAAAAAGGACCAACAAAAGGAUUUUUAUCUUGAAUUUUGGAAAAUUGACUCCGUAUUUUUGUAUGAAGUCUUUUCAAAGUGUUAUUAUUUUUGGUGCACAACGUCUUAAGGUAUCUAAUCUCCAAGCAAGCGAGACUUAAUUUACAAGUGUUCUUGUUGUACAAUAAAGAGUCGGCUGACACUCUAAGGUUUAAACAUACAGCUAUUUCGAGAAAGGUUGUCGUAAAAAUGUGCACGCGACAAUCCCGAAAGGCAACAUGGGAUAUGAUCAAUACACUGUUCCUGACGAUUGAAGCUGUCGAAUUUAUUUGUAGUGCUUUCCUUUAGCACUCGCAAACAUAUGUCCAUGGCCUCAAGUGCCAUUCUUUCAAAUUUCUUUGAAGAAAAGUGAACUCAAAACCACCCACAAUCCCUUUUGGGAUUGUCGCGUGCACUUUUUCCGACAACCUUUCUCGAAAUAGCUGUAUAAUCACAAACCCCAUGAUCACAAUUUUUUUGAAACUAAUCAACUUUAACUUGCAUUCACACAACAUAAGUUCACCUGUCCUUCAGGACAAACAGCGGUGUGGAAAUGUGUAAUGAUCACUCAAGGCAAUUGUAGUACAGUCAAAUGUUGGCUCACAAAUGAAAAGAUGUACUUGAUGAAUAUAAAAAUCAAUACUGAUGUUGAUAUCAUAUUUUGGUAUCAUAUUUGCCAAACAACUACCAUGGACGCCAUUAAUGGCACCAGCACUGAUCCAUAGGAAUUUGGUCAUAUUAACAGGGUCACAUACUGUAAGUGGCUGGUUUCCUUAAGUGGCAUCUUGACAGUUACAUUCCAGUUGCCUUUCAAAACUACUGGUUAAUAUGAAUGCGAGAGACACUUUAAGUUGUAAACCUUCGUUAUUUUUUUCUCAUGAUUCAUUGGUUUAAAUGAGCUUGUUAAUAAGGUGAAUUUUUAAGGAAGGAUUUCACAAUGUGGCUAUUGGCAUUUCAACAGUUUUCACUUGAAAUUUACGAUUAUUUUAUCAUUGAAGUGUCUGCAUUUUUAUCUUAAUGGAGUUAAUAGACAGGCAACACAAUCGUGUUAAAAUUCUUUUUUGGUAAGCUUGAAUUUUGGUAUUUUAAACUUACGCAUUUGCCUUCACCUUCUUGUUUUGGUUAUACACUGUAAUUUUCAUGAUUAUUUGGCUGAGGGCAAAACUAAGAGUUGGGAGUCUUGCAUCUUGCAUGUAUAGUGGAAUAACUGGUACAGCUCAGAGAUACAUUUACAUGUACUAUGUAUGUUACAAACUGUAAAAGUUUGAUAACCUUAAAGCUUUCAAAAUUUACUCGUGCUUCUCAAAUUAAAAGUGAGGGCAAAGAAGUGUGUGUCAUUGAACAGUAAGUACAGUGUCCUUAAUCAAGAAGUUGACAUAAGUAAUAAAAUGGUGUAACUUUGUUGUUAGGAAAACAAUGAUGAAAUCCAUCAAGAACAGAUGAGAGAAAUGGCAAUACUUAAUGGCAUGGAAGAACCAGCAGCAGCGCCUGUACCAGUUGCCACACCUGUUCUAAGAGGUCGUCCACAUGCCAGAGGAGUCCCACAUCACCCUCAUCAUCCUGUACACCCUGGUAGAGGUGCUCCUGUUCCACGUAUAGCUUCUAUUCCAAGGGCUAGAGGACCCCCUUUAGGACAUGUGAGUGUCAGUGCAGCACGAUCUGCAGCAGGACUAGGACCAUCCUCACCCACUGUGGCUCAUGCUGCACCAAGGGCUGCCGCAGCACCUGGUGAUCCUUACGCAGUAUGUUACUUUCUUUUCCUGUAUUUUGUUGUGCUGUUUUUUUGUGCGGAAUCCCUAUUCAGUCUGUAUCAGAUUGAAUUAAGACCACUUUCAGUUAGCACUCAUUUUAUAAUUCAUUCUUUGGUUGACCCAAUGCAGGGUUUGAGUAGGUGGUUGUGACAUGAAAUUGCGAUUGUGAAAAUUCUACAAUUUCAAAUAAAGAGAUUACUGAAAUACUACAAUGUGCAACAAAGCUGUCUUUGCCCGCACAACAUGAAACCUUUUUCACUAACCUGGGAGUUGACAGAAGAAAACAAAGCUCUACCUUUCUUCUUGGGUGUGGAAGCAUUUAAAUUUUUUUACUAUUUUUGCUUUUAAAGGAUAGAACUGGAAUUUCCCAUGUUUAAAAAAGUUUAGAAAUUUAUUGAAGUUUAUUGAUCUUCAUAGAAGUUACAAAUUAAGUUAAAUUAAAUUGAAUACACGUACAAACAUCCUCUCCUUCUCUCCUUGCAAAAAGCUUGCCUAAUCGAGGCGGGCAGAGGAAAACAUAAAUCAAUUUACUAAGAAGAAAUUAAGCAAAGGAAAGGAAAAUUCUGUCAAGAUCUAAUUUUUACGUAUAUGCUGCUUACUGGCACAUGUGUAUGUCGUAGUUAAUUUAUAUCUCAGGUAAUUUUUGUUUAUCUUUUGUUUUUGGGUAUGGUAAUCUAUGCUAGUGAAGUUGAAAUGUAUUGAAUUUUACUUAAUUGGUUUUCUUUCUGAUUCUGUUCAGAUCACCUUGUGUGUAUAAUAAAACAAUUAUUAUUCUUUUUGAUCUUGAAUAGUACUGUAGCUUGUGGGAUAUAUUUCUUGAUUUCAAACAAAACAAGUUUGAUAUACUAAGGCUUAAUCCCAGAUACCAGGGUAAAAUAGGUGACUGGAGCAGGAAAAAAACCAUAAACACUGACUAUUAACCGCUUAAAAGUAAGUUAUUACCUUCUCAUGAGACUAGACUUGUCACAAGAGAUGAGAGCCUCAUCUUGCGAGACAAAGGCUUGAUGUGUACCAGAAAAUAAAGACUGUUUAAAAUUGUCUAAGUUUGUAACAGAAGUGAUGUGUGAAUUGUGAGCAGCAUUAAUUAGCACUUGAUGCUGUGGACCUGUGAUCAUGUUUUGAACUAAUGUUAUUAAUGCACAAACACAAGACAAUAGACAAAGAAGUCAGUUCUUCAAAAUUUUUAUUUAAAAAACUGGUACCUUUGUACUUAUAAGCAUUUCACAUAACAUUUACUGAUCAUGGAUCCAUUCUUUCAGUUAAAUUAGCUGAGCACUUGGCAAAAAUUAAUUUAACACUAAAUCCAUCUCAAAUGGCAGUGCUUUCCUACAUGUAAAUUUCCUUUAAAGGUAAUAUUGUAUUGUAUAAAAUGUCUACAAAACAUUUUAAAAUACAUAAAUCCCAUUAAAAAAAUGUUAUGUCUUUGACCAUAAUGUACAAAAGGUACCUGAAAAGACUCGGCUGUCUUGAUUUCAUUCCAUUCAAAGGCAAAAGCCCCUCUUUGUCUCAAAACGAAAAAUAAGCAUUAUUUUGAACAAUUCAUCUGCAUGUACAAUCAUUCUAGUCUUGUGAAAUACACUGCAAGUGUCAUUGAACGUUCUUUUCAAGCUUGUCAUACAUGUACUAUUUGAUAUAUACUGCAAGUGCAGAUAUUUUCUGGUUGUUGCUUCUCUCCGCAAUUAUGUCUGCAUAUGCAGGCUAGUUGUUAUUGAUGUUUAUACUUCGGUCCAGAUACAAAAGGAUGUGAAUCUGUCAAACCCAUCUGAAGUGUACAAAUUUCUCCAAUUUCAAUGUGGAAUUGAGGUUGCAGAUGAAUGUCACCAAAGUUUGGUGACAUUCAUCUGCAACCUUAAUUCCACUGGUACAAAGUUGAAUGUAUCACAAACCCUGAUUACUGCUACCAUUGACUCCCGAUAACUGGAACCCUCACUAACUCGAACCUCACACUAACUCGAACCAAAAUUUAUUUCCCCUGUCCUUCAUACAUUUACUGUAGUUUUAUCCUUGUUACAUGUAACUCGAACCCUCAAUAACCCGAACCUCCCAGUAACUCAAAGUAAUUUUGGCUCUCCUUCAGAUCAUUUCUAUAUAAAAAAAUUGUACAUUGAAUUUUUUUCAAAACAACUAUGUUUUCUUUGACUUUACCUUUUUCUCAUUCCAAUUCUGACAAAUACAAUGUCCAGCCCUGUAUUAUUAUUCAAGCUUUGUUGCUUGAAUUCCUCUUCCAAAAUAUCAAUACCUCUUGCUGUCCUUGAAGUGAAGUGUGCAUGAUACUUGCAUUCCAUCCCCAUCCUAUUAGCUUAUUUCCUUAUUUUCGGUUAGUUUCUUUGAGCUCCCAAUAUUUGGACUUUUUUUAAAGUUAUCAGGAGUGACUGAAGUUGUAUGAGAUUGUUGAACCAUUUUAUUUCAAAACCACGUUUUUCACUUUUCCUAUUAAAAUGAAAGUAAUUUUGAUAGCUGCAAAAAUAAAAAACAGUAUGUAUAGAAUGCAAGUAAAGUUGUAUGGUAUGUUUAACAUUUAUAUUAUGGAUGUAAAUAAGAAAAAAACUAGUGAUCUGAGUUUAAAAUGUUUUUACACUGUUUAUAAAAAUAAAACUGUAACUAGCAAACCUAAGCAAAUUUCACUUGUGUAGGCAAUGCGUGCUCUUCCUACAACAGUUGUACAACAGUUGCUGACUCCUGGGGAACAAGCCAUUGUAAGUUUGAGGUCAUCAGUAACCAAGAUAAAAGUAAUGAUAGAGCUAAAUUAAAAGCAAAACUUGUCACCAAUUAAUAUUUCUUUAAACAGUGAGACGUGAUCAUUUAGUACAAUAAUAAAAUAAUUUAUGCUAAGCAGUAACAGAUAAUAAAUUAUAUUAAUUUCUGGUACUUGUAAGAAGAUAAAGCCACCUUUAUCUGCCAAGUUACAUCUAUUUUAAAUCAGUAGGAGUGUGCAGUUAACUUCUUGUUAUUAGGUGCUCCUGUGUUUUCCUUGCUUUCUUGUUGAAAUCUACAAAUUAUGUACAAUGUAUGUCACAGUGAUUUUGUUACCUCUUCAUCCUUCUCUCUGAAAAAAAAAAAAUCUCAAAAUACAGGCUAUAAUUGGCACAGAUCCUGUAAUCGAUAAAUUGCCCUGAAGUCUUGUGACUUUAAAUUGAUUUUAAAACCUAACUAAUUCGAGGAAGCAAUUUUAUAAUUUGCCGUAAAAUAGGUCCGUCCACUGGGAGUUUCUAACUGAAACUAUAAACUGGAAGGUAUUUCUGCACAUACUCGGACAGUGCACUAAAAUGUCUAAAUUUUACUAUCAGAAAGCUGACUUCAGAUUGCCGGUCUGCUUACUUGAAAGACCCUGAAGGUUCAAUAAUUGUUUAUAUUGGACUCAGUUAUAUUGGGAAUGGCGCCCAUGGCAGUUUGUAACAAAAUCACUUUGUUAAUAAUAAAGAAGUGUUAGCCCUUUUUGGGGUCUCUAUCAAAACUAAUGUGAUCAAUUAUUUUCUCAGGGUUAUGAGUCUUAUGAGCCAGGACUUGAAUACGAGGCUGCUUUUCCUGAACAUGGGUAGGUACCCACUGUCCAUUGUUAUUCAUGAUAUUGACAUCAUAUCAUUAUUCUGAUAAGCCUGUACCAGUGAACAGUUAGGAAGUGGAUAUUUUGUAUUACAUCUAAACUACAGAAUACACCUCACCCACUUGACACGACUUGUUUUUUUUCGUAUGUGAAUAAUUUAUCAAAACAGUUUUGUAUUAUUGGAAUUUACAGGGAGGCGCUAUAUUAUGAAUAUGGACAGCCAGAAGUGUACGAAACAGCUUAUCCAGGUAAGAAUCCUCUCUUGAGUGAUUUUCCAGCAGACAGUUUAAACAGUCACGUUUCAAUAAUAAGUAAUAAUUACAACAAAACUGUAUUAUUUCCUAGUGUGGCCAUCAGGAUUGGGCUAAUAAAAAGUAGACUGUAAACUUAUUUUAAACUUUUGAAAAUUUAAUGAUUGACAAUAUACUUUAAUGGCAAAUCUAAACAUGAGUUUUGUACAGCAUUUAAAUCCUGAGGUAGUACCUUGGUUUUGUGCGUCAUUAGUACAAUAUUUCAUGUUAGUUGCUGUGCAUGUAAAUGUUUUGAAAAUACUGUAAUAUACUGUUUUAUAUAGGAAACAAAAAAUUAGUAAGUAGACUUUCCGUAAUUACUGGUUGACCUAGUAAAUACUGUAAUUUGUGUGUAACAAUUUGAUGGUAAAAUAUUACAUAUUUAUGACUCAUGAAAGAUGAACUUAAUCUCUGAAAUAUAAAGGCAAUUUGCAGCUUGCAUUACCAAAAAGGUUUAAGUUAAUUUGACCAUACUUCCAGUCCUGCUUUGGGGAAUUUCCGUGCACUUCUUUUGAAAAUAUUUUUUUCUGUUAGAACAGUUUUUUUUGUUAAGGUUUAUGUCCUAAAUAUACAAUUAAUACAAUGACUAAAUUUUACUCAUAAUAACUAAAGAGCUUCCGGUAAUUUAAUUCAGCUUGUCAAUAAUGUCUUAAUUUUAAACUCACCUUAAAUUCUUAUUUUAGCUCCAACCAGAGUUCCAGUGAGUUCAUCUGCAACGUUCAAGGCUCCUCCUGCUCGAACUGUCAAGAAAAUUGUUCGUGAAGCAGCUUACCCUUACUGAACCACAUAUAAACUUUUUUAGGUUUCUUAUCCCAAAAACAACCUUGUUGGUACAAAUUGUAGAAAAUCAAAUCUUGUUUUUGUUCAAAAGGUGGCAGUAUGCAGCUGCAUUGUCGUUGAAAAUUAUUUAGAUAAUUAUAGAUAUUUUCAUACUUUGCAUUUGAGUGCAUUUUAAGUCAUUUUUUGGAAAAUGUUGACAUCUUAAUUUUAUCACGUAAUUAUAUAACCCUAUAAUACAAGGGUAGUUCUGUACACAGUUUUCACAGUAAACUUAGAUUAACAUGUGGAUUAACUGUAGUACCUGUAAGGUUAGGUAAAGAUAAACUAACAACCAAUAUUAUGUUCACUAAACAGUUAAAAGACUACCUUUUGCCUUAGAAAGCCUAAACAUGCCACUUUUAUUCCCUUUUUUUCAUUUCAGACGGUAAGUUAAUCAUAACCUGUUUAGUAAAGCCAUUGUCGUGAAGCUACUCAAAAGUAUUGAAUGUCUGCUUAACAUAAGUGUGAUUGUUUAUUUAAUACUAACUGUUUUGUUUAAAAAGAUUUAAAUUCCUCUGGUAACCUAAAGUUUUGGUAAACUGAAAAAUGAAUUUCACCUCAGGAAUUAAACGAACAUAAACUUUAACUGUUUUAAAAAUAUUUUUGAAAUUAUUUGCAAGCAACUUAGACCUUUAAACCACACGUAAACUUGUGUAACAUUUCAUUUGUGAUAAAUCUUUAGUGUUAAAUUUCAGUAACUUAAAGUUGUCAUGAUUGAAAUCGAACUGAAUAAAGACAUUAACAACCUUACUAAACAGUCUGGUCUUAGCUUUUAAUACUUGAAUUAUUACUUUAUGCGUUCUCAGUUUAAAAAAAAUGUUCAUGUCAGGAUAUAACCAUAAAGUAAAUACUUUGUGUGGAGUUUAACCGUCUGUUGAUUUUGAAAAACUCAGUAAACCCACAAUGAGACAAAGAAGUCAGGUAUCAUGAGUCAACUAUUAUUUUUAUACAGAGCAUGUAAAAUGCUGUAACUUGGAAUAGACUCAUAAGAACUAUUUUGUGAUAAGAUGAUUAUUUUUCCAAAAUAAAUUAAACCAAUACUUUGGUCAUAAAUGCACCCCUAGGGAAAGUUUUUCAUCUAUUUUUAUAAAGUUAAUGUGAUGUUUAUGUUUUUGAACUAUUUGUUUUUUCACUGCUGUUAACAAGCUACAAAGCAUUUUGAGUAAAGCUUUUUUCUACGCUUAUUUCAAAUAAUAAAGGCUCAUUUGUAUUUUAACUGAGUGAAGUGGGUAUUGUUUACAGUGAGAAUUGCUUAAAACAUUUCAUGACCAAGUGUAUAAACAAAAUCUAAGGUAUUUAACCCGACGUGGUAAGGGUUAAAGCACUUUUGAGACUCCAUUUGCCCCAGGAAUAUUUCUGGCUCUCUACUUGGGAAAGCAGCUAUUUAAAAAGUUAUAUGCGACCUGUAAUGAAGGCUUAUAUUCGCCCCUCCGCACAACAAGAACAAAUUCAGUAAGUUACCAACACAGAAGGGCAAAAUAGAGCAAUUUGUCACAACAUUUAGCAUCUUUUUUGCUGGUUAUGGACACUUCUAGAAAAAGAUGGAGUUUUCAAAAUGCCUUCUGAGUGGAUCUUUUACAGUGAUUCUUGCAAUCUUACUGGUCUCCAUAACAAUAUCUUGUAUUAAACGUGUCUAAUCCCUCUCUACUUGCUUGUCUGUCUGUAUGUUAAAAAUGGCGGAGGUGGCUUGCUUGAUAAUUUCAUAAGGUCACCAAAUUGCUCCUUAAACCUGACCAAACAAAUUUUGUACUUGAAGUAGAUCAUAAAUUAACUCAACUAUACUGCUGUACCAGGAUUUUGAGCAUCUGGGGAUUAAGAUCUGCCAUAAGUACUUAUAGCCAAAUGUUAACAGUAGCUAGUUCCAGGGCCCAGAGUAGUGCUGUCAUUUCUAAACGAAAUCCUUAUUUGUAAAUCAUAAAAGCCAAAUUUCAAAGUGAUUCUAAAUCUUGUGGUUGUAGGACCAUUGCCAUGUAAUCUAACACCAGAAAACUCAUAACAAAGUCGGAAUAGGUGUAACAAAAUGCUAAUUUUUUGAAGACUCGGUCUGCUACCUAAUAUGGAAAGUAAGGCUUUUGAGAGCAAUCUGAGGCUCGAGGAAGACUCCAUUACUGAUGGCUAAUGAUAUGAAAGGUAAAUUGUUUUAUUGCUUACUUAGUUAUUCAAGAAUAACCCCAGUAUUAAAUAAAAUCUGUAAUUAUUUAAGGUGGAUUACAUUCUUUUUGACAAGAACUGAAUUGAAAUGCAAAUUUACAAAACUUGAACUGAAGAGCAAUGCCCAGUUGCUUUUAUGUUAAGGUAGCAGUAACCUGGGAAAUGUUCUUGUAAAUUUAAAUCUAAUGGAAGCCAAACAAUGUAAAAACUUGUUUCACUCAAAUGAAAAAGUUAACAUGUUGAUAAUUUGAAACUGAAUGUUGUAAACACUUUGUGAAUGCUAUAGUAUGUAUUUUUAAUAAUGCGUGAAUUCACAAUUUGAAAUAAUAUAGCCUCUCCUGGAGAUGAAAGGAAAGUGGUAGAAAUAUAAUAACAGAUCAUAUUGUUGUUUUUAAGUGUGAAAAAUAGACUUUACUAUACCCAUUUUUGCUGUCAUUUUCUCUAGUGAAAUGGAGGAAAGUUCACCGUUAAGUGAGUUGACAUCAGUGUGUUGAUGUGUUCCCCUGCCUUCUUAAUAAACUUGUAUGGAGGAAAACAUGUGACUCAGUUCCACUGGUUCCUAUUUCUUUGGGGAUUUUAUGGUAAUUAUGUAUUGGGAUUUACAUGUAUAUUGUGUACUGUUGCUAGUUGAUGGUAAGUAGUAAUACAGAUGCGCAUGAUCUUUUUGUGUUAUUUGGAGUAUGUAGGUGCGGCUGUUAUUAAGGGCUGGGGCCAGAGAUUUUCCCCGGGUAUUAAGAACAUGUCCCUUGGUUACUUAAAUUGAAAGAUGGAGGAAAAAUGGAACAAUAGCUGUUUGGUUCCCUGCCUACUUGAUGUAUUUACCUGGCAGUCAGUCUGCGAACAACCCUCGCAACCCUCUUGAUUCAUUUUUGAGUUAGUAACCGGUUUAUUUUGUGUUUGCAUAGCCAUGACCAUUCUCAGCAUAUUCUUGAGUUCUGCACUGAUGUCACUGAUGCCAAACUGCUAAGCUGCGGCGCUGCUGUCUUGUGUGACGUCACUGUUAUGUGCAAUUUACAUUCACUGACGGGUAAGUGACUGACAUCUGUGUAAGUAUUUUCUAAGCAUCUUCCAAAUUUGGACAGCACCAGCUAGUUAUGAAGAAUUAUGCUUAAGGACUGACGUUGAAAUUUGGAAUGCUGACACUGCGGGAGAAAUUAUUAUCUUGAAAAGUUUAUUUUUUGUGUCUUUCCACGUUUAUUUCUCACGUUUAUUUCUUUUUGUCUUUUGUUGCCAAGAAGCUGUCUUCUAUCAAAGACCUGGAGGCUUUUAUCACAGUAACUGGUUGCCUUCACAGACAAGACAGGUCAUAAAAUCUUUAAAAAAAUCACGCACUCGCAAAACUAUUAUUCCUGGUGGUCACGUUUUUGGAAGGGCGACUUAUAAUGUGCACGUGCUAUUAGAACACGUUUCCCUGUUAGUGUACGCAAGAUAUUUGUCAUUAUUGGGCUGCGUGUGGCAAAGCCCAGUGAGGUUCUGAGUAGCGUGUAUGUCAAAAAAAGACAAAAUGGCGGACGCAUAAUCGGGAGGAUGUUUGUUGUCCCGCGAUUACUUGACCUUUUGGAGGAAGGGAGGGAUAGUCAUUUCAGACUGACUGAGAUAAAUACAAACAGACUUGACUUAAAAUUAUUCAAAGUAUUCAAUCGCGAAACUGGCAGACCAAUGUACCCCCAUUAUGGGGGUCUUAUUUUUUAGGGCUGCAAACCGUUGGUAGCAAGCAAUUUCUAACAGAAAUGGUUCGGUGACAUUGCAAUAGACCUCAUUCACAUUGUUACCCUUUAAGAAACCACGUGACAUUGGUUUUAUCCCCUCAGUCCUCAGGGCGUGGAAAGGUGGCGAUUAUAGUGAAUAACGUCUAUUAUAAUUUUCCUAAAACAUGCGAACAUACGUACAUAUAAGGAAUAAUACAUUUAUUUAUUCAACUCGGGUAGAAUUUUUGACCUGUCGUACCAAGUGCUAAUCUAGGCGAGCCUUGCCUUAAUCAAACAAGUGAAAAAACGUUGAUUGUAGCCUGAGUAUCAGGCCUUCCUAAGGGGAGAGGAGAUUUUUUCGGUCUCCCUUUUUCGCUUCUUUUUCCCUUUCCUCCAGAAACGCCUGAUACUCAGGCCACGUUGAUUGUUAAAAGAAAUUCUCCUCAAUGUGUUGAAUGUGUCGCAAGCUGUGUGGAGAAAAGGAGAAACAUUCUUCAGCUUCACGAUUGGCUAUUGCAUAGGAAGCCUUCGCUCAGUUUAUGGAACCUCAAAAUAACAAGCGGGGUCAUAAAGACUGUUAACGUAAAAUGGCAACGAAUUAGUCGUAGGGCGUUAAACUUGAUAGCUUGUAAAAUGUGUGCUUUUCCCCUCAGAUUUCUAUUAGCCGUAAGUAGGUUUGGAUAAAUUCUGCCGGCAGAAUUUCGAGCAGAAUAAGUGAUUUUUGAGGCGAGCAUUCUGCUGGCAGAAAAAUACAUUUUCGAACACGAUUUGAGCAGAAUAUGAGGGAAAAUCAGCAGCACUAAUGAUAUGCAUAACAGUUGUAAGAAAAAUUUAAAACUAGAUAAAAAACAAGUGGAAAAUAACUUGUGAUUAAUUUGAAAUCAGAACAUCCAAUUUAUUCAGGAAAAGAAAAUGAAGCUCAUUUUCUCCGAGAAACAAGAAAAUUGGAAUUUCAAUCAUUUUUACUA